AUGUCGAGAAGGGCCUUCGCCUCCUGGCUGCGCUCCGGCGCACUCUCGGUACCGUCGACGCGAGUUGCCUCAGCUGCCCGUCAGGCUCAACGACCUUCUCCCACCUCGCAAUGGCGCCGGUUUGCCUCCAACACCACGCACCGCCAACGACCGAUUCUCUUAACCGCCGGCGCGGGCUUCUUGACGAUCGCUGUCCUCCUGGGCCUCAACCCGUUCCCGAGACUGACCCUACUAUCCCAGAAUACCGUAGAACAGCGCCCGUCGUCGACGACAGCUACAUGCCAUCCCCCCGAACUGCCCGCAGAAUGGCCCCAGUACCGCCUCUCUGAAAUCAAACUCCAUGACGGCACCUCGGAGCGCCCCUGGAUCAUCUAUAAAACCUCCGUCUACGACAUCACAGACUGGGUCGCCGCGCACCCGGGAGGCGACAUAAUCCUCCGUGCGACCGGCGGCGCCGUCGAGCCGUACUGGGACAUCUUCAGCAUUCACCGCCAGCAGAUCGACAGCGUCCUCGCCAUCCUCGAGGGGUACAAGAUCGGCGAGGUCGACGCCGCCGACCUGUCGCUCCUCCUCUCCCGGGGCAGCGCCGAGGACGGCGUCGACGACCCCUUCGCCCAAGACCCGCCUCGUGACCCCCGGCUGCGGACCCUCACCGAGCGCCCGCGCAACGCAGAGACGCCAGCCGAGGGGCUAGGCACCUUCGUCACGCCCUUGGGGUUGUUCUACGUGAGGAACCACAUGUGGGUUCCCGUCGUGGGCGAGGAAGACGCGGACGCACACGCCGUGACGAUCGAGACGCCGGACGGAGAGGAGCGGGUGUACACACUCCGAGAGCUGCGGACGCGGUUCGCCACGCACAAAGUCACGGCGACGCUGCAGUGUGCGGGAAAUAGGAGGCGCGAUAUGACAACGCACGCCGCCAGGACCAACGGGCUGCAGUGGGCGGCGGGCGCCAUCUCAACGGCGGAGUGGGAGGGCGUACUCCUCCGCGACGUGCUCGCCGACGCCACAUGCAACGAGAUGAACAUCGCAAACAUGCCGCCGUCGGCGAGACACGUCCAUCUCGUGGGACUGGAGGCCUACGCCGCGAGUAUUCCCAUUGCCAAGGCGCUCGACCCGCUCGGCGAUGUGCUUCUCGCGUUCCGCAUGAACGGCGAACCCCUGCCGCGGGACCACGGUUACCCGCUGCGCGCCGUGGUCCCAGGGAACGUGGCGGCGCGGAGCGUCAAAUGGCUCCGACGCAUUGCGCUAUCAGACGAGGAGUCGCCCUCGCAGUGGCAGCGUCGGGACUAUAAGGCAUUCUGCCCGGGAGAGGGGCCGGAGCCGGACUGGGACUCGGCGCCGGCGAUACAGGAGAUGCCGGUCACGUCAGCGAUCACCGCCGCGGGUGUGGAGAGCCCAGGGGGUGCGACGGGCCGAGAGGGACGGGUUAAGGCGGAGGGGUACGCAUACUCCGGCGGCGGGAGGGAGGUUGUGAGGGUGGACGUGAGCACUGACGGCGGCCGAACAUGGAAGGCAGCGGAGCUGAUAGCAGACAAGGGCGUCGGGAAGAAGGCGUGGUGCUGGAAGCGGUGGCGGUACGAAGGCCCGGUUGCAGACGAGGGCAAGGUCGGGGAGGACGGGGUGCGGUUGGUGGUGAAGGCGACAGACGAAGCGUAUAAUACCCAGCCGGAGAGCCACGAGAGCAUCUACAAUGUGAGGGGAAACCUAGCCACGGCGUGGCACCGCGUCCACGUCGCCGCGGACGAGACACAGCCAAGUUGGAGGAGAGGAGGGGCCACACAUCCUCACCUAGGUAGGCAGUAG